AUGACAUUGAGGAAAGUGAACAUUUCCAUCCUUAUUGUGGCUGUCGUCAUAUUUUUGCUAGUUCUUCACCAUAAUUUCCUAAGCCUCAGUGAUUUCUUGAAAAGGGAACUGUCAGAUUCAAAUCCAUUAGGACUCCAGCCUAUAGAUUUCAUUCCUGCAGCUCCCCAGAGGCUGACAGAUGAGAGGAAUGACAAGGAGAUUCCUGUGGUCAUUGCAGCAUCAGAUGAGAGGCUUGGGGGUGCAAUUGCAGCCAUGAACAGUAUUUACCAUCACACCAGAUCCAAUGUGGUUUUCCAUAUUGUUACUUUGAAUGAUACUGUGCAUCACUUGAGGCUGUGGCUCUCCAGUCCUGCUCUGAAACAUCUGAGAUACCAAAUUCUGGAAUUUGAUCCUCAUGUCUUAAAAGGGAAAGUCCAAGUGGAUCCCCAAAAGGCAGACACCUUCAAACCAUUAACCUUUGCAAGAUUCUACUUGCCCAGCUUGGUACCUCAUGCAGAGAAGGUCAUCUAUGUGGAUGAUGAUGUAAUAGUGCAAGAUGAUAUUCAUGAACUUUACAACACUCCAUUGAAACCUGGACAUGCAGCUGCAUUUUCAGAUGACUGUGACUCAACCACUAAUAAAGUAGCUGUCCGUGGAGCAGGCAAUCAGUAUAAUUACAUUGGGUUUCUAGAUUACAAAAAAGAAACCAUCCGGAAGCUUGCCAUGAAAGCCAACACCUGCUCCUUCAAUCCAGGGGUUUUCGUUGCCAAUUUGACCGAGUGGAAAUCACAGAACAUCACUAAGCAGUUGGAGAAGUGGAUGGCACUGAAUGUAGUAGAGGAACUUUACAGUAAGACUCUGGCUGGCAGCAUCACAACACCUCCACUGCUCAUUGUAUUUUACAAGCAACAUUCCAGCAUUGAUCCCAUGUGGAACGUCCGACAUCUCGGGUCUAGUGCUGGAAAGAGGUACUCUCCUCAGUUUGUGAAAGCUGCCAAGCUGCUCCAUUGGAAUGGACAUUUCAAACCCUGGGGAAGAACAGCUUCGUAUGCUGAAGUCUGGGAGCAGUGGUACAUCCCUGACCCUACAGGCAAGUUCAGUCUUGUCCGCAGACGUUCCGAAGCCCACGAAGCAGAGUAGAGCAAAUUUUCAUAACUGAUGGCAUUUUCUCAGGAAACUUCUGGAGCAGAACUGGGUUUUUUAGCUAACUUGUAUUACAGAGCCAACCUUGCCUUCUGGAGCACAAGGUGAUGCACUUACUCAGGUGCAGUUCUGAGAUGCACAGGUCCAAAGGAAGCUCCUGUCACCAGUGUGGCACGAGGUGCUAGCAGCAGCACUACAGAAAGCAAGGGAGGAUCUCCACACACAGGCACUUUUGUUUAGUUCAUUUUUGUCCUGUUCUUCUGCUCUUCACUGCAGGACUUCUAGCAGAGGAUCAUUUGUCAGUUACAGAAACAAAGUUUCUAAGAACAAGAUACAAAUUUAGUUGGUGCUUGCACCAUGCAAAUCUUGCACAGCAAUGUACUGUAAUUAAGAGCUGUUUAGGUUGUGUUCUGGGUUUAAUUUCUGUUGUUUUGUUAUCCUGUGAAAUAGGUCCCACA